UAGAUAAGCAACUUGAGAAUGAGGAGGUUUGGUGAACACUGAGGCAGUGAGUCAUUUCCCCCAGACACUGAGGGACAACUGUACACAGAGUAUCCCAAGCCAGGUCAGAGGCUACAUAUUGGGCAAGUAUAGAUACCUGACUCUCUUUGUGGUACCUUUAUUUACCCACAGCUAUGACAGACACCAACAAGAUGACCAUCAAUUUGGCUGUCUUUGGCAGGACUCAGAGCGGAAAAAGUUCUGCAGGGAAUACUCUUUUGGGAAGUGCUGACUUCUACAGCAGUUUCUCUCCAGGCUCUGUAACCGAAGACUGCCACCUGGGCCGCAGCUGUCACCUCCACAGCUUCAUGCGUCGAGGAGGGCAAGAAGUAACCCUGCAGAUACGGGUAUUGGACACUCCAGGGUAUCCACACAGCAAGCUGAACAUGAGACAUGUGAAGCAGGAAGUCAAGAAGGCCCUGGCACAUCACUUUGGACAAGAGGGUCUCCAUCUUGCUCUGCUCGUCCAGAGAGCGGAUGUGCCUUUCUUCAGACAGGAAGCACCUAACCCAGUUCAGUUGAUCCAGGAACUUCUGGGAGAUUCUUGGAAGAAUUACACUGCUGUUCUUUUUACCCAUGCAGAAAAAAUAGAAGAGGCAGGGAUCAGUGAAGAUGAAUAUUUGCACGAGGCUUCUGAUACACUGUUAACUCUGCUAAAUUCUGUUCGGCAGCGGUAUGCUUUCCUGUAUAAAAAAGGUAACUUGUGCAAUGAACAAAGAAUUCAAGUCUUAGAAAGAAUCAUGGAAUUUAUAAAAGAAAAUCAUUAUCAAGUUCUUAGUUUUACAUAAAAUUUAAGUGAAAAGAAAAGAGCACUGGGUAUCAUUUAGGAUAUGGAAAUCUGAUUUUAAAAUCUGCCUUUGUUCACAUGAAUAUUGGAAAUGAGAAUUCCCUGUACUGCUGUAUAGCCAUUUUGGAAAAUUGUAAAUAAAAACUAAUAUCAAGGAUUCAAGAUGUCAAAAUUAUACUCAUAAGUAUUUAUCUAACAGAAAGUGUACAUUUGUGCCUUAAGAUACAUAUACAAAAAUGCUCAUGGUGGCACCAUUCAUAAUGGUUAAGAACUGAAAACUAUCCAAAUGUUCAUUAAUAGAAUGAUGUGCAAAUUAUAGUAUAUUAAUACAGUGAGGUGUUACAGUAAUGAAAAUGAACAAACUCGGUUGUAACAGUAGAAUCAACUGUUUAACUACAAUGUCAAGAGAAAGAAGCCAGACAUGAAAUGUGCUUUGUGACUCCAUUUAUAUAAAGCUCAG